ACAAACAUGGCCAACAUUCUAAGUCUUACCAUCUUUAUGGCUGCCAUUACUUUUGGACUGGCUUUGACCACAACAACGACGGCAAGCACAAGGGAACCCAUGCCCACUUCCACUGAAAAAUCCAUGGAAAAGGACGAUGCUAUGGAGUCCUUGGAACGACGAGACAAACGCCAAUUGGCUGCCAAUGGUGGCCAGAGCAGCCUGUCUGGUUCCAGCGGCAACUAUCCCGUUUUCUUCGAUGGCCUUAAUGUGAAUCCUCCGCUGCAGCAACUGCCGCCCCUCCAGCAAUUGCCGCCACUGCAGCAACUGCAGCCCCUGCAGCCAUUGCAGCCGAUCACGGUGGUGACUCCUGUGGCCUCCAGUUCGAAUGCCCAGAGCCAGCAGCCGCAGUCCGGCUGGCUGCCACAGUUUAGCCAGAAUCUUCCACUUAUCGGAACCUGGGUGGGUGGUCUGCCCAAUUUGAUCAACGGCCUGGGACUCGGUUCGCUAAACGGCGGCUUCGGCACUCUGGGCGGCCUGAAUCUGGGCAACCUGGGUCUGGGUGCAGUGGCACCGGUGGCCGCGGUGCCGGGACAACUGCUCGGCUCGUCAUCCAAUCCCCAGACCACAUGCCCGCUCACCCAGAAGCUCAAUUGCCGCUGUGAGCCGCUCAUUCAGCUGCCGGGCCUGAAGCCCAGUUCCAAUCCACUGAGGACGCAGCUGGUGCAGAUCGUGCGGCAGAAUGCCCGGAAGAACGAGGAUGGUUCGCAGGAGGUGCGCGUAACCCUGAGCAGCGGACAUGUGAUCUACCAGCGGACGGCCAAGGAUCGCGGCCAGAGUGGCUACCUUGCCAUGAGGAUCCAGUCGGGCAGGUACUUCAACAUCUACUACAGUGUCAACGAGAAGGAGUACACGGUGCGGGCGGAUGUCAAGGACACGCCACCCACCUCCGAUUUCGACGACGAGCUGAGUGGUCAGCUCUAAAAAUGAGUCAAAGGUA